AUUCGGGCUAGUGCGCAGGUUUUUACUUUCAUAUGUCAAACUUAUAUUUGACACUAAAUGUAAGUGUCAUUUUAAAAGCUGUAACAAAUUGGGGUUGUCUAGUAGUUAUCCUGGUCAGACGAGAAGAAAUUGUGCUUACAGAAAAAAAAUAAAAAAAAAUGCAAUUUAAUUAAAAAAUAUAAAAUAUUUGUUAAAAAAAAUACAAAAAAAGAAGCAAAUAAAAAAUGCUAUAAUAAAAAUAAAUAAAAAAAAUAAUAUCAAAAUUAAAUAUUUGUGCUAUUAAGUGUUAAAAAGUGUUGCAGAAGAAAGAAAAAAUAAAAUUCCUGUACUGUCAGUCCCAACACUCUAUGCUUCAUCAUGGCUAAAAAGAUUCCCUUCAAUGUUGUAUUUGCUUCUGAUGAAGAUCCCAAUUUUCCAGCUAGUGAACUAAAUACUCACGGUCCUACGGUACAUGGAUGGCGCAGUGCGGUUGGUAGUACAAUAACACCUCAUGAUAUUGUUUUAAGAUUUCAUAAACCAGCUAAAAUAUGUCGCAUACAAUUAUUAGCCCACCAGUAUUUAAUACCCGAAAAAGUUGAACUCUGGUUACACUAUUCACCCAAAAGCAUACCCAGCACUCCUUCCUCACAAUGCUUUGAUUUUCUGGGUUUUGUGGCCUUAGCAGAUAAUGCAGCUACCAAUUACAAAUCUCGUGAACUGCAAAGUGUUUCGGUAAAUCCACGCAAAGGCACUCAUCUGAAACUUAGAUUAAGUGGUCCUCAUAGCAAUGAAUUUAAUAGCGACAAACAAAUUGCUUUAAUAGCGGUCAAUGUUUUGGGUGAAGAAUUGGAUGUUACGCAGGUGGUAAAUAAGGAAAGCGAGGAGAAUGUAGCAGCUGCUGCACAAGAUCAACCACAGCAAUCUACACAAGACUCCACAGAGUCAGCCUUAGCCUCUAUGUGUGAUGAUCUGUUAUUUUCCAUGUAUGUGGAAGAAUCUAUAUCGGAUAUUAUAAGAGAAAUGGAGGAACGCAAGAUAAAGGCUGUGGCCACGGAACGUUUUGAAUAUGCUCGCAAGCUUAAGCUAUGUAUGAGUGCUUUGCGCUCAGCCGGAGAACGUCUGGGACGUUAUGCUUUGGCCAAACGCCAGGCAGUGCAACAGGAAGAUUUCACUACUGCUAAAUUAAGAAAAGAACAGAUAGAAAUGUAUAAAUCUUUGGUAUUUAAACACUUACUAAUCGAUGAUUUGCUAGAGAAACAAGGGGAAUCGGUAGCCGCUAAUGAUAUGGCUUGUGAGAUUUAUGCCUCCAAACCCAUACUACCGGUGGCGCCCAGUUUGCAAGAUGUAGCCCAGGCCUUGGCCGAAGCUCAUUUGGCUGCCACCAUGAGUCCCAAAAGUGUACAGGACGAUAAAUCCUCCACAGAUGGCAAUAGUUCUACCGGUGGUCUAGGCGGCAAUUUAUCACACACUAAUCACAGCAACAGCAUUAGUGACAAUAUAUCUACGCUAUCAGCGGCCAGUUUACGUAAAUCCCAUGACGAAAUACCCAUGUCACCCAAAUUGAAUAUGAGACGCAGUCCUAGCCGCCACAGUUCACCCAUGUCCAGCCAUCAGGGCUCUUUGAGAAGGCGCAACAAAAGUGCUCCUCGCAAUUCCUAUGAAGAAUAUGAAGAUCGUGCCAUACCCACUCUAAGGCAUUCGAAUACUAAUGAAUUUUUAAGAGAGUGUCAAGGUACCGCUUUACUGGAAUCCGAUCCUAAUCGUGGUCGUUCACGUUUAAAUGAUCGUGAACGUCGUCAGGCGGCAUUGCCUAUUUUGGUGUUUGGUAAUGAUAUGGUAGAGCAAUUCUAUUCGCGACAAUUUCAAGAUCGUGAAGAUGGUCUGGUACGUUUGCGUAACUUCCUCAAGGGACACGAAAUAGAGACCCAACAGAAUACCAACAAUUCGAAUAGUGAGAAUACAGCUGGUCCCAACAAAGUAGCACGUAGUGCCGCUUUCUUACUACAUCGAGCUGUACGAGAUGCAGUAUAUUCGGUAUUUAAUCAGGCUACCGAAACAGUUAGGGUACUAUUUUUAGAAUAUGUGCCCGGUAGAGUGUCACAGAGUGAAGUGGCCCGUUGUGUAGAUCGUCUGCUGCCCGAAUUGUUGGCCAAAUCGGGAGAUCCCUCGGCCCGUAUACACACAUUGGCCCAGCAUACGAUUUUGAGUAUAGCCUCUUGUCCUGAGGUGCAAGAACAACAUCUAGUAGCACCCGCUUUGUCGAGAACGGUCAGUUCGGGCACACAUCCCCGCUUGGCCCUGAGUCGUAUGCAAAUGCUGGAACAAUUGGUGUUAAGUCAAGGCAUUAGUACGGACAAACAUAGUGGCCUAACGUGUAGAGCUCUUUCGGAAUGUGGCUGUUCGGGCAUACAUCAUCCAGCGGAGCCGGUGCGUAAAGUAGCCGAGAGGAUACUUUUGCUAGUGUACAAAGUAAAUCCUCGUCUUGUGCGUAAACAGCUACCGCCCGAUGAUGAUAUAACAAGACGCAAUUUAUUGUAUCGCCAAUUAUUUACCGAAUUCGAUAAAUUGGACUUGGAACGUAAGGCUGAGAUGCUAGAAGCUAAUAAAUAUGCUGCUGGUCAUAGUUCCAGUGAUCCCCAGUCACCACCCUCAAAUCGUAGUGCUGUCGAUCAUCUACAAUUGGGUGGUGGCGGGGCAAGUGGUAGCUCAGAUAGUCGUGCCAGUCCCUACAGCUUCGGUUGCAAAUCCCCCGAUUCUCAAUCCAGUCCCAUGAGAAGAUCUGAAACACGUAUUUUAAAAAGUAAAAGUGGCCAUACUUUGGCUCAAGCCGGAAAUCCGGGAACUAGUAAUGGUUACUUGUCAUCGGGAAAAGAUAUCGCCAAAUGUAAUGGCAAGCAGCAGUAUAAUGAACAGCUAAAGAGAUCCAUGAUAUCAGCCAGUAGUUCUAGAAAAAAUUCCAACUCAAAUUCUGAAUCAUUUGAAGAGGCAGCGGAUGUAAUACGUUGUCCCUUUUGUGAUUGGUCCUCGCAAAGUGGCGAUCAGGCUCAAUUGGAUCGCCAUUAUUGGAAAUCUUGCCCUUUCCUAACCAAGUGUCCUCAAUGCAGCCAGGUGCUAGAAGUGGCCGCCUUAAAUUAUCAUUUGACAAAGGAAUGUGAGGCCAAAGACAAUUAUAUAAUGUGUGAGAGGUGUACCGAGUCUGUGCAUAAGCAACUUUACGAUUUGCAUCAAAUGGAAGACUAUUGUAGAGAACUCAAAACUGGAGCCGCUCGAUGUCCCCUGUGUCAUGAUGAUGUCCAUUUGCCUUUGGAUGGUGGUUGGAAAUUACACUUGUUGAGUGCUUCUGGUUGUCCCGGCAAUUCGAGAAGACGUUCGAAAAAAUCCUCUUAAAGUGAAAUACUAAAAACAAAACUCCCAUUUUUGCCUUCUUCGAAUAAAUUAAAGGAAAAUAUGAAAUCAAAUCUUAACAACAUUAAACAUUAAACAUUUUUUUAACCAAUAAAAAAAAUGUUUAUUAGCUCUUCGUUAUUUAGGGACAUUACACUGAAACUAAACUAAUUAAAUGAAUAAAUACAGUAUUUUGCAUAAUUUUUUGAGCUUAAAUUAUUAAAAGAAAACAAAUAAAAUAAAUUUUUGCAAAAACAAAAGUAUUAAAACGAAACUACA